AUGAAGCUUGCCCGACUUGCGAAAAUGAUUGGAUUAGGUUACAGUUUUUCGGCUCAGCAUAAGAUUCACAAGGAAAAGGGUGUGGAGCUUUCUGAAUUGGAUGAGCAAGUUGCUCAGGCUUUCUUUGAUUUGGAGAAUACCAACCAAGAACUGAAAAGUGAGUUGAAGGAUUUGUACGUCAACUCGGCAGUUCAAGUUGAUAUAUCCGGAGGACGCAAGGCAAUUGUUAUCAAUGUUCCUUACAGAUUGAGAAAAGCUUACCGGAAAAUCCAUGUUAGGCUUGUUCGUGAACUUGAGAAGAAGUUCAGUGGGAAGGUUGUGAUCCUCAUUGCUACAAGGAGGAUUGUGAGACCGCCUAAGAAGGGCUCAGCUGCAAAGAGACCACGCAACCGUACUUUGACCUCAGUCCAUAAUGGCAUUCUUGAUGAUGUUGUCUUACCUGCUGAGAUUGUUGGGAAACGUACUAAGACCAGACUCGACGGUACCAAAAUCAUGAAGGUAUUCUUGGAGCCAAAGGAAAGAAACAACACAGAGUACAAGCUUGAGGCUUUCUAUGCGGUUUACAAGAAACUCACUGGUAAAGAUGUCGUUUUCGAGUUUCCCAUUACUGAGGCCUAA